AUGGGGAGGCAGAGCACAAUGGAGAUUCUCUUCAUUAUCCUGAAUCACAACAUCACCUUCAUGGGGAAGGUUUGGCUGGUCCAGCUGGUCCUGCUGAGGGUUCUGGUUCUGCUGUUAGCCGUGUACCCCCUACAUGAGGACGACCGGGAGCGGUUUGUGUGCAACACCAUCCAGCCGGGCUGUGCCGACGCGUGUUACGACUUCCUCUACCCGCUGUCCGCCGUCAGGCUCUGGCUCGCCCAGCUAAUCGCCGCCUGCCUUCCUUAUGCCGUGUUUGUCGUCUACGUCGUCCACAGGGUGUCGGCAGACCUCUGCGCGGAAACGUACCCGCCCGGCGGAGUUAAUGCGCCCAGCUUUGGAAAAACCGCCCGGGGCUUAUUCAGGAAGCGUUCUGCCCUCCAGGCUGAGUGGAGCCUGCAGUGGAGCUUUGGGAGGGCUUACAUCCUUCAGCUGUUGCUGCGGAUCUUGUUCGAGGCCGGAUUUGGGACGGCGCAUUACGGGCUGUUCGGGUUCCGUGUCCCGAGGAAGCUCCUCUGUUACGAGCCCCCCUGCACCUCCAUGGCGGAAUGCUUCACCUCCAGGCCCUCGGAGAAGACCCUGGUGCUCAACUUCAUGCUGGGGGUCAGCGCUUCGUCUCUCCUGCUCAGCGUCGCCGACCUGAUCUGCGCCGUCAAACGCUCAGCAAGACGGAGGAGUGAGACUGAGAUGGUAGUGAGAAGGACGUACGAUGCGGAGGAAGAGGAGGAGGAGGAAGAGGAUUACUAUCUCUCGCCAGCUGGCCAGAGAGCAGACCUACACCUUCCACUGACCCAUGACCUGGCAACUACUGCCACCUUCCGCAAGAGAGGAGCCAGCCAAUCCAGUGCUGAGGAGGUGGCCUCUGCCCGCCCGCUGGAGGAAGGAUGCUCAGCUAUUGGCCCCAGUGUUCGUUCCGAGGCAGAGCCCCAAUCCAACAGCAAUGGCAACAAUGCCCACAUGCAGGCCUGGGUGGAGGGGUCGGAGCAAGAGGACAGGGGGGCAGCGCUGGGCCCGACAGACCCCAAAAGGACCCCACAACAUGCACAGUCCCACCUCAGGCCACUGCCAUCCCUGCAGCAAGGGAGAUGCCCAAUCACACUGACCCCCACAGCACCCCGUCCCAGGGGAAUGGGCCAGUACGCCCUGGUGGACAUGCUGGACCUGCAGUCAGACUGCACUGACCCCCCAGAGAGAAGAGCGUGGGUUUGA